UCCUGCGCUUUUGCGAGUUGGUAGUUCCCUGUUCGUACAACAGUGCUUUCGGCCAUAACUUUCCCUCUGCUUUCGUCGUCCAUUUCCUAGUUGAAGCGAGGGUGGCAUUCAUUCUUCUACGCAAACGCCCUCAAAUUCUUCAUCAGCAUUACAACUGAAAACCUCUCGUUACAAUUUCACCCUUGUUAUCAUGAAUGCAACUAGCUCCAUGAGAAUCGCGACCAAGAGAUCCUGCUUCCGUUUCCUCCCCAACUCAAGAAAGGCCACCGCCGCCGCUGUCUUCCCCAUAUGCCGUAUCCGCCAGAUUUCCUCUGCCUCCGCGUCACGGCUGCGACAAGCGGCGCCGGUGAGGUCGGUGGCCGGAGCAAAGCCGAUGGGGACGUCCGCGGAGCCGAUCUACGGCGGGGAGAAGGCUUUUGAUCGGAUCUACGAGCAGGGGCUUGCGGGAAAGCCAAUCGUGAUUGAGAGGGUGGAGCCGGGGCCGGCGCCGGAGGUGGAGAAAGAGGAGGGGGUAUGGGGGAGGGAGGAAACGGGGAAGGAGAAGGAGGAGGAGGUGGUAGGGAGGAGGGAGGAAACGGAGGAGGAGAAGGAGGCGUGGAGGUUGUUGAGGAAGUCAGUGGUGAGCUAUUGCGGAAGUCCGGUGGGAACUGUGGCGGCUGACGAUCAAAGGAGUGGAGGGCAAAUGCUUAAUUACGAUCAGGUUUUUAUUAGGGAUUUCGUGCCCUCAGCGCUGGCUUUUCUACUUAAGGGGGAGAUGGAGAUUGUCAGGAAUUUUCUGCUAUAUACGUUGCAGUUGCAGAGCUGGGAAAAGACUGUUGACUGCUACAGCCCUGGGCAAGGAUUGAUGCCCGCCAGUUUUAAAGUACGAAUCAAUCCUUUGAGUGAUGACAAAGAAGCAUAUGAGGAGGAACUUGAUCCUGAUUUUGGUGAGUCGGCAAUUGGACGUGUAGCCCCAGUUGAUUCUGGAUUGUGGUGGAUAAUUUUGCUGAGAGCCUAUGGAAAAAUCUCUGGAGACUAUGCAUUGCAGGAACGGGUAGAUGUGCAAACAGGCAUCAGACUCAUCUUAAAUUUAUGUUUAGCAGAUGGCUUUGACAUGUUUCCAACUCUUUUGGUUACUGAUGGCUCUUGCAUGAUAGACAGAAGGAUGGGUAUCCAUGGCCAUCCUCUUGAAAUCCAAUCUUUGUUCUAUUCAGCUUUGCGGUGCUCCCGUGAAAUGAUCACUCCCAAUGAAGGAUCCAAGGGCCUAAUUCAUGCCAUCAAUAAUCGGCUCAGUGCAUUAUCUUUUCACAUCAGAGAGUAUUAUUGGAUGGACAUGAAGAAGAUUAAUGAAGUUUAUCGUUAUAAGACCGAAGAAUACUCGUAUGAUGCUGCAAACAAGUUCAAUAUAUAUCCUGAUCAGAUUCCUUCAUGGCUAAUGAAUUGGAUUCCUGUUAAAGGAGGCUAUCUCAUUGGAAAUGUGCAGCCUGCUCAUAUGGAUUUCAGAUUCUUUUUGCUUGGAAAUCUCUGGGCUAUUGCUUCAUCUCUAACAACAGCUUGGCAAGCAGAGGGCAUCCUCAUUCUUAUCGAGAAUAAAUGGGAUGACUUGGUGGGUAAUAUGCCUCUAAAGAUAUGUUACCCUGCACUGGAGAUUGAUGACUGGCGCAUAAUCACUGGAAGCGAUCCAAAGAAUACUCCUUGGUCGUUCCAUAAUGGAGGAUCUUGGCCUACUCUUUUGUGGCAGUUCACCUUGGCUUGCAUCAAGAUGGGAAGGCCUGAGUUAGCCCAAAAAGCCGUUACAGUUGCCGAAAAGAGGCUUUCUAAGGACAAAUGGCCGGAGUACUAUGACACCAGAACUGGCAGGUUCAUUGGAAAACAGUCAAGGCUGUACCAAACAUGGACGAUCACAGGUUACUUAACCUCAAAAAUGCUUUUGGAAAGGCCAGAAUUGUGUUCCAUCCUCACCUUUGAAGAAGACCUUGAACUUCUCGAGGGCUGUUCCUGUAGCCUAAAUAAGAAUGCAAGAACCAAGUGUUCCCGCCCUGCUGCAAAAUCUCAGAUUCUAACUUAACUGAAAUUAAGAUUUCAUCAUAUUUCAAUUCAUAUACAUGUAUAUAAGAAAGAAUAGUGCGAAGGCAUCAAUCUGAAGGGUUAAAAAAAUGGAAUGCUUUGCUGCAUAGAAGAAAAGUUUGAUACAUUCAUCCACAUGGUACAAGAUGCAUGCUCAUUAUUUUAGUUGAGCUGCCAUUUUGGGGUAUCCAUUUAGGUGGAAGGCUCUUAUUGGAAAAAUUUUAUUCUUUCUUUUUAAGAGAUGUAAAAUUUUACUUUUGAAGUACAUAUGUAGGAAUGAAAUCAUGUAAUACAUCAAAAUUCUUGAUUCUGUCCUCUCAUACUAUGGACGGUAACUUUUUCUUCAUGUCUAGUGUAACAGCUGUUAUCA